CAGCUAUUAUCGAUGGUAGGAACCGUCUUGGUAGAAAUGAUUAGUUAGUAGAGUGCAAACAGUCGAGGUGAUCGGAUCGUCAAGUCCAGCCUUCACGUGCAACAUCGAACGUAGACAGCAUUUGCCGGAUAUAGAUCACCGAUUAUGAAGGAAUUUAUUUUUUCAUUCAUGGUGUUGCUCACCUGCGCGACCGUGAAUGUCGCCUUUCCGCGUGCCAAUUACACGAUCCUUCGAAACGAAAUAUUGGAGUACGAGCAACGGCUGAUGAUAGGCGCCAAUCUGACUCUGAACGACAUUGAAAGGGCCGCCAACAAAGUCUUAAUGAAAGUAAAGAAAGAAGAAUUGAACGCUGGUUUCAAAAAUCUCAGUCGAUAUGCUCCUGCACGAAACUUUCUCGCCGUGAAAGAGGAUAUCGAGAGAUCGAAGGUCUUCCAUUUGCUCCGCCGUAUGCCCAAAGGAGCGGUGCUUCAUGUUCAUGACACGGCUCUUGUUAGCGGCAAUUACUUGUAUCAUAACAUCACGUUCCGUGACAAUUUAUAUGUCUGCAUCGACAAAGGUGUUAUUAAUUUGCAUUUUUUCCGAGUACCUGACAAAUCGUGCAGCUGGGAAUUACUGAAGAAGGUACGCGAGGAUCCUGAACGAGCCGAGAAAGUGAACAAAAUGAUCAGACAGAGGAUGUCGAUGGAGUGUGACGAUCCAGCGUCUGCUUAUGUAGACGUUAACAAAGCAUGGGACAAGUUCGUGAACAUAUUCUCAUUCAUUACUCCCUUGCUCACGUAUAAGCCUAUUUACGAGGAUCAUUUUCUCCGAGGUUUGGAAGAAUUAUACGAAGAUAAUGUAAUGUAUCUCGAGCUUCGAACCACCUUGCCAACUCUGUACGAUUUCGAUGGUACCAAGUAUAAGCCAGAAGAUUUGGUCGAUAUCUAUCAAAGUCUUACUCAAAGGUUCAAGGAAAAACAUCCAGACUUCAUAGGAGUCAGAGUAAUCUACGCUCCAACGCGAGCUGCCGGUCGCAAAGAAGCGGAAUAUUAUAUCAAAACCAUGAAGAGAUUAAAAACGUUGUAUCCUAAUUUUAUGGCUGGUUUCGAUCUGGUUGGACAAGAAGAUUUGGGACGCACACUCGAGUAUUUCGCGGAUUUAUUAAAAAAUAUUGGAGAACGCAAUAUUAAUUUCUUUUUUCAUGCAGGCGAGACGAAUUGGUUGGGCACUUCCACCGACGAAAAUCUUGUCGAUGCUAUUUUAUUAAAUACCAAACGUAUUGGCCAUGGAUACGCGCUGCCCUCUCAUCCCUUUCUUCUGGAACUCGCCAAAAAAAUGGAUAUCGCUAUCGAAGUAAAUCCAAUCUCCAAUCAAGUUCUAAGACUUGUCGAUGAUCUCCGAAAUCACGCUGCCAGGCCAUUGUUCUCUGAAGGGUAUCCAGUGGUUGUAUCCAACGACGACCCUGGAUUAUGGGGUGCGAGAGCUCUCAGCUAUGAUUUCUACGAAGCCUUCAUGGCACUGAUGUCGGUACAUGCUGAUCUCAGAAGUCUCAAACAAUUGGCUUGGAACUCGCUUUCUUACAGCACUUUGAAUAACUCUGAGACACAGAAAGCACUGGACAUUUGGGAAAGAAAAUGGCACACUUUUGUUAAGGACAUAGCAUACGACAAUUCACAACUGAAUAGACAAAGAACGACGACUACUUGAUUGACUAUUUACGAACAAUCAAAUAAAAGACAUACCCUUUUAUAUUACAAAUAAAGGAUCAUGACUUUAUCUUUUAAUAAAAUUUGCAAUAAAAACA